AUGGCCACAGCCCCAGGCCCUGCUGGCAUUGCCAUGGGCAGCGUGAGUAGCCUGUUGGAACGGCAGGAUAUCUCUCCCGAAGAGCUACGGGCCGCACUUUCAGGGUCCCGGGGCUCCCGCCAGCCUGAUGGUCUUCUCCGGAAGGGCUUAGGACAGCGUGAGCUCCUCAGCUACCUGCACCUUCCCAAGAAGGAUGGCAAGACCUCCAAGCGAGCCCCUCGGAAUGAGCCCACCGACUACGCCACCCUCUACUACCGUGAACAUCCCUGGGCUGGGGACUUCAGCAAGACCUCACUGCCUGAGCGGGGCCGCUUUGACAAGUGCCGCAUUCGCCCAUCAGUAUUCAAGCCCACUGCGGGCACUGGAAAAAGCUUCCUAUCCAUGCAGAGCCUGGCAGCCCACAAGGGCCAGAAGCUAUGGCGCAGCAAUGGCAGCCUGCACACCCUGGCCUGCCACCCACCCCUGAGCCCAGGGCCCCGGGCCAGUCAGGCACAGGCUCGGGCUCAGCUGCUGCACGCCCUCAGCCUGGAUGAGGGUGGCCCCGAGCCUGAGUCCAGCUUGUCAGACUCCUCCAGUGGAGGGAGCUUUGGCCGAAGUCCCGGCACUGGCCCCAGCCCCUUCAGCUCCUCCAUAGGCCACAUCAACCACCUCGGAGGCUCCCUGGACCGGGCUUCUCGGGGCCCCAAGGAGUCAGGACCCCUGGCUGUGUUGAGCUGCCUACCAGAGCCACCACCCCCCUAUGAAUUCUCGUGCCCCUCUGCUGAGGAGAUGGUGAACCCUGUGCUGUCUGAGACUUGUGAGGAGCUCAAAAGGGGCCUCGGAGAUGAGGAAGGCUCUAAUCCCUUCACACAGGUGCUGGAGGAACGUCAGCGGCUAUGGUUGUCAGAGCUCAAGCGUCUAUAUGUGGAGCGGCUGCAUGAGGUUGCCCAGAAGGCCGAGCGGAGUGAGCGCAACCUCCAGCUGCAGCUGUUCAUGGCUCAGCAGGAGCAGCGGCGCCUGCGCAAGGAGCUGCGUGCUCAGCAGGGCCUAGGCCCUGAGCCUCGGCCCCCGGGCACCCUCCCAGAUGGCGACCCCAGCACCAGACCAGAGGAGGAAGCCAGAUGGGAGGUGUGCCAGAAGACUGCGGAGAUCAGUCUCCUGAAGCAGCAGCUUCGGGAGGCCCAGGCGGAGCUGGCCCAGAAGUUGGCUGAGAUCUUCAGUCUAAAGACGCAGCUUCGAGGCAGCAGGGUGCAAGCGCAGGCCCAGGAUGCGGAGCUGGCCCGACUUCGUGAAGCUGUGCGGAACCUGCAGGAGCAGGCCCAGACCCCUCAAGUGGAAGCCCCGGGCAGCUGUGAGACUGAUGACUGCAAGAGUCGAGGACUGCUGGGGGAGGCCGGAAGCAGUGAGGCCAGGGACGGUGCAGAGCAGCUAUGGGCUGAGCUGCUGCAAGAACGGCUGCGGGGUCAGGAGCAGGCUCUGCGCUUUGAACAGGAGCGGAGAACAUGGCAGGAAGAGAAGGAUCGGGUGCUGCGCUAUCAGCGGGAGAUCCAAGGGGGCUACAUAGACAUGUACCGCCGUAACCAGGCACUGGAGCAGGAGCUGCGGGCACUGAGGGAGACCCCUACGCCCUGGAGCCCUCGGCUCGAGUCCUCCAAGAUCUGA